AUGCCGAGCCCGACCAAGCCACUCUACCAGAUCUGUCUCAUUGGAUCAGGAGGCGUCGGUACAAUCGCCUCCGUUGUUCUCACGAAAUCCAACCUCGCAAAUGUGACCGUCGUGCUUAGAUCGAAGUUUGACUACGUCUCCCAGCAUGGAUGGGACGUCGAUUCAGUUGAUCAUGGCCAGUUACCCAGGUGGAAGCCGCAUCGAAUAGUGUCAUCAGCCCUGGACGCAGCAAAGGAUGACGAAGGACAGCCUGUAGAAUACGAUUAUCUUGUUUUGUGCACAAAGCAGCUGCCAGAGCGAAAUCCUGUCGUCGAUAUACUAUCUCCUGUGAUAACCGUUGGAAAAACUACCAUUGUCAUGAUACAAAACGGGAUUGGCAUCGAACAGGACGUUAUCAAGAAAUGGCCAUCUAAUGCUGUUAUAAGCAGUGUUAGUCACAUCGGAAGCGCGAUCAAGGAGCCGAAUAUUGUGAAACAAGUUGGUCGAGAUGUGUCAAAAAUGGGACCUCACUAUCAUGCAGGCCUGGAAGACUCUGAAAGCUUGAAGAGAGCAAAAGCCUUUGUGGAGAUGUACUGUGCUGGUGGGGCCAGCGUUUGCGAGCUGGUGGAUGAUAUUCAGAAGGCCAGGUGGGAGAAGCUGUUGUGGAAUGGAACCUUCAACACGGUGUGUGCAUUAUCCAGGAUCAAUGUCGGCGAGCUUCAGAGAAGUGGGGGAAGAGAGACCAUGAUUGUCCCAAUGAUGUGGGAGAUGUGGCAGAUUGCAAAGGCCACAGGCCAUGAGUUACCCGAGUCUGUUGUCGACUGGAUGGCUUAUAGGCUUCCAAACGACUGUGACUAUAAGCCCAGUAUGCUUGUAGAUUUAGAAGAAGGACGGCCUAUGGAAUUAGAAGUAAUCUUGGGCAACCCGCUCAAGAUUGCAAAAGAGGUUGGGGUGGAAACCCCAAUCCUAGACGUGGUUUACAGAUUACUUCAGGUUCAACAAUGGCAGAUUGAUCAAGCUAGGGUAUAG